AUGUUAAGAAAGCUCAAUAUAAAACGAAAAAUAGGUUUACAAUUACCUGUAAUACGUCGUGCUAUUCGUCAUUUAUUUACAAUUAUAGUAAUUACUUAUAUUAUAUUUGGAGUUUAUUAUUAUUAUGAAGACUAUAUAAAUAUUAAUGAUUCAAUUGAUUCUAUUGCACGAUAUAAUACAUAUAUAGAUAUAAAAGGUAAUUUGAUUCCAAUAUCUGGUUAUAAAAUUCUUCAAUCUGUUGCAUCUCCUUCAUUACAAAAAAUUCAUGAAUUAUUUACUGAUCUUGAUAAAUACAAUGAAUUAAAAGAUUAUUUUAUAUUAGUUUUCGAACAAUUUUAUCAUGUUACAUUCACUAAACUAAUAAAUACUACAACUUUAGACGAAAAACAAUUAGAAAUAUUAGAAAAAGAACAAGAUUUACUUGAUAAAAAACAAUCACAAACAAUAUGUAUUGGAAAAAAAUUAUUAUUUAUUGAAAAAAAUGAAAUACGUUUAGAAAUUGAAUUCAAACAUGAUUAUAUUAAUGAUUAUAUGAAAUCUUGUCAAAAACGAUGGGAUGAAAACUUUCCAGAAUUAAUUAUUCAACAUUGUACAUCAUUUUAUAUAACAUUAGCUUAUCAAUAUAAAGAUAUACCAAAUCAAGAGAUUUUAAAUCGAACCAAAGAAAUAUUAGAACAAUGGCACGACGUACCAUUUGAAAUUGAACUUGAUUCUAUUGAAAUAUGUUCAUAUUCAAGUUUAAUCACUUAUGAACCUAUUUUUGCUGAAUCUAAAAAAUAA